AUGGCUAAACUAGCUCUGGUUUCAAUGCUAAUCCUUCUUGGGAUAGUCCAAACUCUUGGGGAUGGGCCUAACCAAGUGAACUGGGCCACAAGACUCGACUCCGGCAAGGAGGUAGUAACAAACCUUCAAUUCUAUUUCCACGACACAUUCAGUGGGAAUAAUCCUAGCGCCAUUCGCGUGGCCGGUGCUUCGAAUUACACCGACAAUUCAUUGACACUCUUCGGUGCGGUGGUUAUGGCGGAUGACCCAUUAACUGAAGGGCCCGAUCCGACAUCGAAGCUCGUGGGCCGAGCGCAGGGACUGUACGGAUCGGCCGGGCAGAAAGAGGCGAGUCUAAUCAUGGCCAUGAACUAUGGGUUCACAGAUGGAAUAUACAAUGGCAGCUCCAUUAGCAUUCUCGGCCUAAACUCGGCAAUGCAACCUGUUCGUGAGUUGGCCAUUGUUGGCGGGACCGGUCUUUUCCGAAUGGCACGUGGUUACGCAAUCGUACAAACCUAUUUUUAUGAUCCUACUACCGGCGAUGCCAUAGUAGGCUAUAAUGUUUCCAUCGUUGCCUAG